GUCGUCGGUGUAGAAUUUCGAUUCUUUUUCCUGCAGAGUAAACAAAAGAUUGAACCAUUGUUUUCUUCCCUCCCGGCAUCCCUGAACAUCCACCGCAUCUCCAUUCCUUCAAUUCUCAAUCAACAUCUAAAUAAACCCAUCUCUCUUCCCCUUGAAACUCCACUACCUUCUCCCCUUUCUUCCCAAUUCCAUCGACCCAUCUCAAAACCUGCACGAAAUCAGCAUAGUCUCCACCGUCAACUCCUGAAACCGCCGUGCUUCCUCAAAAUCCACCACGCUCUCGUCGCCGUAAUAUCGCUUGCCUACCAUUGUCCUCAUCGCCGAAUUCAGCACCAGCUCGAAAAGUAGAGUCGUCAUAUAUAUUCACCAGAUCGGGGUUGCUGCCUUUUCUCCCCAUUUAACGUUGUUAGCCGGCGGAUUGUUGAAUUGACCUCAUCGGAUCUGACACCGGAAAGGGCCUGCAGACGGUGACUGGAGGGUAGCUCGAUGGACGCCACCCGCCAGAGGUUCCGCGCCGUAAGGAGCCUAGGCAGUGGAGCAACGAGAAAUUGAGGUCGUCAGAGUACGGUGGUUCUGUUGGGAAUGAAUAGCUAUAUUGAAUUAAUAGAAAGAAUAUUUAAAAAGAAUAUUAUGGAGAUAAUUAUGAUUAAUUAUAUUAAUAUAAUAUAAUUUAAUUAUGGGAGUAAUUAUCUUUCUAAUUAAAAUGUGACUUAUUUCCAAAGAUAGAAGGAAUAUUCUGGGUUUUCGCACAAAACCGAUGAGCAACAAAAUUAGAGUGAUUGUUUUAUCCUGGAGGCGACCGGCUGAUAGUCUGCUGUGCGAAUUAUGAGGUAGUGCCGCAAACGUCUUAAAGAGAGCGACCUAGUCCGCGACUCAGCCAGAUCUGGUAACCCUAAUUUUUCUGUUCGGUUUCUAACAAUUUUAAGACGCUCUGUUACUGUCAAAUCGAUUAAACAGAUUAUCCUAUCUGGCUUUACAAAUCUGGUCGCGGCCUGGACAUGUGCUCGUAAUCCGUUUUGCAAAUCUCGAUCCUGGAGCUCAUAAUCGAGAUGUACACAGAGGGUGAUAAGACGUUGGCGAUUAGAAAAGAGAUGAGGGAGUAAUUUUGUGUCGUCGAUUCCGUCUCGGGCAAAUUAAUUGCUCAUGUACAAUUAAUCGUUCCUAUUAGGGCUAAUACCACUGGAAAUACCAACCUUUAGCGAAAGUGCCACUUAUAUUACAUAGUUUUCGAUAUGUCAUUUGUAUACCAAAUCAUCUCUUCCGUUAAAUUUUCUGUUAGAAAUUAACAGAAAACACAGUCAGCACAUAAAGGGGCAGCUGAGAUGGAAAAUUUAUUAAAAAUAUUAUUUAAUAAAAAAGAAUCUGGAUGAUUCCUCUUCCCGGCGCCACCCAUCGCCUCCUCUGCUCCAUCUCUCCUCGCCACUCUGCUCCGUCCCUCUGCUUUCUGCUUGUGGCUACAACAGCUUUCUCUUCGAUUAAGCCAUCAUCGCCGUCGUACUCAAGACUAGUCAUAUUUCCCCCUUCUCUCCUCGCUCAGCCUGCCUCCGCGCUAUGCCCUCCUCCUCAAUCUGGUCAAAGUCGCCGCCGUCAACGGAAUAAGAAUGGUCAAGCUCUUCCUUCCGCUUGAGAUAGAGGCAGCGACCAGAAGCUUCCCAUCUCUUCCCAGGGAGGGCUUAUUGAUAAGGGAAUCAAGACCUAGAAUCUUUCAUCAUCUAAGGGGUUUGGUUAAUUAGGAUUGGGUUUGUAUGGAAAUCAAUCCCUAUGAGAAUUUCUAGCUGGUCAGCCGUUGGAAGGCCCGCGACGCUUCAAGAAUUGGAGGGAAAAGUGAGGGAAUCGAUUGAUGAGAUCGUGGAAUGAAAAUGGGGAUUUCUAGCUGGUGUAGGCUCGCAAAUCUCCGAUUCCACAACCCAGACAGAACUGCAAUUGGUUAGCGUCCAUUCCCCCUACCACCUCGCAAAUCUCCUGCGUCCAUUCCCCUUUCAGCCGCUGCAAAGUGCAAAUCCCUAUCUUUUAUCUUAAUGACAUCCCGCUUCGGAUCUUGCAAGCGGAGAUUACGAUGGCGGUUUGAUUGCGAUUGGGUGGUGAGAUGGAGAAGGAGAUAUAAGUGGAGGAGAAGAGGGAUUUAGACGAGCUCUCUCGCGUCGCCCAUAUCCCGACUUGCCUGUGCAAGUGGAAGAUCAGAAACGACCGCUAAUCGAGAAGGAAGAAGACGAGCUCCCUGCCUCCGUCGUCAGAGCGGCGUUGGUGAUCGACGGAAGAAGCAGAUGGGCAUGACGACCGGGAGGCGAGAGAAAGAGUAUUUAGAAAAAAAAAGUAUUUUAAAAUAAAUUAAUAAUAUUAAUUUAUUUAUUUUUGAAAUAAAAUUAAUAUUUUUAAAAUAGUAAUUUCUUACGUGGCACAUAUGCGGGUGACACCUAAGCGCCACAUAAGCAAUAGUCAAACAUAAGUUGACCACCGUCAGGUCAACCGUCAAUUCUAACGGUCAAUAAAAAUGUGCGUAACACAAAUGACACAAACCCCUAAUACGUUGGAAUAUUUUUGUGUUUAUUGAAAGUACGUAAUAUAAAUGACACUUUCGCUAAAGAAUGGUAUUUCCAGUGGUAUUAACCCUUCCUAUUAUAUUGUUUUGUGUUUUUUUAAGAUUCCAUGAAACAGGAACUAACGGAAGUACUAAAAGGAAGGCAUUGGAAUUUGGUAUACGUGAACGGGACAAGGAUGUCCGAAGUAGGUCUCGCAACGGAGUCUUGGGUCGAUUGGCGAUGGUAAUCAUGAUUUUGAUUACGUGGACCAUGAAGGGGGCAUGAGUAAUCAAUACCGAGAGACAGCGGAGAUUGAUCAGAACGAAGCUUUUGGAUUCUUCCGGGCAAUUUAUUGGAGCGCCUGAAGUAAAGAGAUCCGGAAGGAAAUUUUGGGGAGGACUCUAGUUAGUUAAUUUAUUUGGUUCUCUUGUCUCCAAAAUGUUGGCCUUUGCUCCAGAAUUUUCGAUUCUUUUGUAGAAUUGGCUCCAACAUUUGCCUCAAUAAUUCUAGGCCGCCUCUUUUCUUUUCUCAAAGCUUUUGGCGGUGCCAUAAGCGCAAUAGGGAAAACCAUUUAUCUUCAGGAGCAGGUUGGCAAAGCUCAUUAUCUCGUUCUCUCUCUAUGUACGGAAAAUUCUGUUUGUUGUUCUCUGUCUUAGAUUUAGCCUAGUUUCUUCCAUCUAUCAACGACGGAUCAACAAUCGAUUCCACCGGUAAUCCCAUCACCAGAUCCCAGAGAUUCUUCUCUAGAAGCUUCAUCCGUUCAAGGGAGAAAAAAAGCUGGAUCUAGCUUCGAUGAAGGUUACUCUAGAUAUGGAAAGAUGUUACUUGAAUUGAGGGAGCUGGUUCAGUACCGAACCAUGAAAUCUGAAGCCAGCCUCAAACCAGUUGAAGAUGUACAAUGUAUUUCAGUUUCGUAAUAUUGAAUUCGAGGUGUUUUUACUUUUUAGGGUUUGAACUCGAACAAAUGAGGGGUUUUCAG